UUUUAGUUAUGUUUUAGGGAAUUACCCUUCAAGAUGUUAGCAAAGCACUACGUCAUUGCAGACGAGAUCUUCUCACCCAUGCUCUGUUGGAGAAGCUCUAAUUCUCCAGUCGGAAUAAUGGAGUAGAACAUUUGCUAAUUCGGAACAUGAACUUUCCCGCGUUCUCCUCCCCCACGACCGCAAUUACACCUCCGUGCCAUCCACAACAAAAUCAUGAAUCCACUGCAUGGUGGACCUCCAAAAUAUCUCGUUGCUGCCGCGUUGGGCGCUUAGCAGAUGCAGUUAAUCAGUUCACCCGCAUGAGGCUCUCCGGUGUCGAGCCAAACCACGCUACCUUCCUUACUCUUCUUUCCUGCUGCGCUCACUAUCCAUCCCAGUUUCCGCAUUUCGGAGCUUCUGUUCACGCUUACGCUCGGAAACUCGGCCUGGAUACUCAAAAUAUCAAAGUGGGUACUGCUCUUGUUUCCAUGUACUCAAAAUUCGGAGAAUUGGGUUUUGCGGGGCUGGUCUUUGAUCAUAUGAGUGCCAGGAAUAGGGUCACUUGGAACACCAUGAUUGAUGGGUACAUUAGAAAUGCCAUGUUUGAGGAAGCAAUUGAGCUGUUCGAUGAAAUGCCUGAAAGGAACGUUGUUUCUUGGACUGCGAUGAUAGGUGGGUUUGCGAAGCACGGCCGUUUCCAAGAGGCUCUAGAGUGGUUUCAGGAUAUGCUAUCAUCUGGAGUGGAACCUGAUUAUGUGACCCUGAUACCCGCACUUUCUGCUUGUGCUAACUUGGGGAGUCUCAGUUUAGGCCUAUGGCUUCACCGCUUCAGUUUGCAGCACAAGUUGAUUGAUAAUAUCCGAGUGAACAAUACAUUGAUAGACAUGUACUGUAGGUGCGGUUGUGUUGAUUUGGCACUUCAAGUUUUCGAGCGAAUGCCCGAGAGAAGCUUAGUUUCAUGGAACUCAAUCAUUGUUGGCUUGGCAGUGAAUGGUAACGCAGAUGAAGCACUUGAACAUUUCAAUAUGAUGCAAAAGGAAGGGUUCCAACCAGAUGGAGUGAGCUAUACCGGAGCUCUGACAGCCUGCAGCCAUGCCGGUUUAGUGAAAGACGGACUGACAUUAUUCAAAACAAUGAAGGAAGUGCAUGGAAUUCCACCAACAAUUGAGCACUAUGGGUGCGUUGUUGAUCUUUAUAGCCGUUCCGGGAGAUUAGAGGAUGCAUUAAGCGUGGUAAAGAAAAUGCCAGUGAAGGCAAACAAAGUGGUAUUAGGAUCCAUGAUGGCAGCCUGCAGGGCACAUGGGGAUGUCAGGUUGGCUGAAGAAUUGAUGAGUUACAUGUAUGAGUUGGAUAAGGGUGGAGAUUCAGACCAUGUCCUGCUUUCUAACACAUAUGCCGCAUUUGGGAGUUGGAGAGGAGCAAGCAACGUGAGGAGGAGAAUGAAGGAGCUUGGAAUACAAAAAAGACCAGGAACCAGCUCUAUUGAGGUCAGUGGUGAAAUCUACGAGUUCAUGGCUGGUGAUAGAUCACAUGAGGAUGCAGAAUUGAUAUAUGCUAUGCUGAAUCUUUUGUCUCAUGAACUGCAGAUAUUUGGCACCGUUCCAGAUUAGGUUGUUACUCGUAGGGGAUCAUCUUGAAUUCUUGAUUGCAGGAAUAGUUUUUCCCUAAAUAUUUUUAAUUGAAGACGUUUUAGUGUGUAAAUUAAAUGAUACGGAGUAGAAAACAAGCUGUUUGUGUUUGGGGAGCUUUUGCAAAAUUUGUUCAGAUUGUAGUUCAAAUAGAUAAAAUGUGGUGAUUAAGGUGUUGUUCUGUUCAUCU